CAAGUUGCAGAUGGGAACUAGGAAGUACGAAGGGUAAGUGAAGCUGAGGCGUGGCCUGCGAGUCCCUUCACCUCCUUCUACCUGAACACGGAACGAGUGGGAACACUGAGCAGGACUCUUCUAAUGGCAUGAACUGCACUAAAGGCAUUAUACAAGGCCUGUCGUGGGUGUGAUGGUGUUCUUUUUACCAUAAGCAGUUUUCAAAAUGUCAGGUGAUACAACCACACUGUCAUGGAAGGUGCCAAGCCCAGGCUCUGAUGGGCCUAGGACCCCUGUGUUUGCCUUUGCUGGAGAGGGAGGUCCUGUGAAAAUUCUUAAAGUAUGCUUCAGCAGCAGCAACAACCUGAAAAACUUCAAACUUGUCAAAUGUGAUAGCUCCUGGCAGAUAAGGGCCAUUAUCCAAUCCAUCCUUAUCAGUGGCCGUUUGGGUCCCAAUGUGCAGAAUGCUGGUUGCUUUGGCCUGAGACUCAAACACUUGAAGUCUGAGGAGUAUCACUGGCUACAUCCUGAUUUGACAGUAGAUGAGGUGGAGCUGCGCUACGAAAAACUUCAUUUGGAGGCAGAGUGGAGAUAUGACCUGAGGAUACGCUACAUACCAGCUAAUUACUUGGAGAAGUUUAAAGAUGACAGAACUUCACUGUUAUAUCUCUAUCAUCAGGUUCGCAGUGACUACAUGCAGCAUUAUUCUAGUAAAGUCAGUGAUGGCAUGGCAUUGCAGUUGGGUUGUCUGGAGAUCAGGAGGUUUUACAAAGACAUGAAUGCCAAAGGCCUUGAGAAGAAGUCCAAUUUUGAAUUGUUAGAGAAAGAAGUUGGGUUAGACCUUUUCUUUCCACAGAAACUCAUUGACAGUAUGAAGCCGAAGCAGCUCAGGAAGAUGAUCCAGCAGACGUUUCAACAAUAUGGCACACUCAAGGAGGAAGAGUGCAUGGUCAAGUUCUUUAAGACCUUUGGGGAAUUCAUUAACUUUAAUGAAGAGGUUUUCCCUUGUGAACUAGUGCAAGGCUGGAGUCUAACAGUGGAUUUGGUCAUUGGGGCAAGAGGUAUUCGCCAACGAGCACAAACAGAUUCAUCGAUAGUGUGUCUAGCAGAAUUUAAACAAAUCCGAAGUAUUAAGUGCACUGCAAAAAGUGACAGCAAAGCUCUGUUAGACAUUGACAUCAAGGGAGCCAAACAGUCUCUUUCAGUCAAUGUGCCUACACUGGCUAUGGCAGAAAACAUGGCUGACCUGAUUGAUGGCUACUGCAGGAUUGAGAACAACACAGAUUCAUCAUUGAUAUCUCGGCCCAAUAAAAGUACAGAGCUCCGAAACUCCCUUCCUGCAAUCCCCCAAGGUUUACUGUUACCUGAAUCUGUGAAAGAAAGUGAAUGGCACAAUAGGAAUUCUGAUAUAUACUCUGAAAUUAUGGAUGAGAAACCUCUACCUCCUGCAGUGAAAUAUGGAAUCUCUAGGAAGUCCAUCGUCUUGGGACGUAUUUUGGGUGCAGGUUUUUUUGGAGAGGUCUUUGAAGGAGUUUACAAAAAAGAGAAUGGUGAGAAGAUCAAAGUGGCAGUAAAGACUUGUAAAGAGUGCUCACCUGAUAUCAUGGAUAAAUUCAUGUGUGAAGCAGGUAUUAUGAAAAAGCUGGACCAUCCUCAUAUUGUCAGUCUGAUAGGUAUCAUAGAGGAGGAACCUGUGUGGAUCGUCAUGGAGCUUUACCAGUAUGGUGAGCUUGGAGACUACUUGAACAAAAAUCAAAACACGUUGACCAAUGUCACACUAGUCCUGUUUAGCCUGCAGAUUUGCAAAGCUCUGGUUUACUUACAGGGAAGGAACAUGGUACACAGAGACAUUGCAGUAAGAAAUGUGCUUGUCGCCACACCGGAGUGUGUAAAGCUUGGUGACUUUGGCCUGUCUAGAUACAUCGAGAAUGAGGAAUAUUACAAAGCCUCUGUCACUCGAUUGCCAAUCAAAUGGAUGGCCCCUGAAUCCAUAAACUUUCGUCGGUUCACCACAUCCAGUGAUGUGUGGAUGUUUGCUGUCUGUAUGUGGGAGAUAAUGAGUCGAGGGCAGCAGCCUUUUUUCUGGGCGGAGAACCGUGAAGUGAUUAACCAGCUGGAGACGGGCAUCAGGCUACCUAAGCCAGAUCUGUGCCCUCCUGCUUUGUACUCACUCAUGACGCGCUGUUGGAGCUACGACCCCAAUGAUAGGCCCAGCUUUACUGAGCUUGUCUGCAAAAUCAAUGAUGUACACAAAAUGGAGAAGGACCUUGAAGCAGAGAAGGAGAGAGACAGACAAAGAGCCACCAGGUUUCUAGAGCCCAAGUUCAUUAGUGAACCACCUCCAAAGCCCUCAAGGCUAAACCCUGGUCGCUUUGGGAAUACGCUCAGCAUUGGUCUGCACAUUCAGCUAAAUGAGGCAUUGUGUGCUAGUUCUCCUGAUCUGGCUAGUCCAUGUGACUAUCAGUCUCCUGUAGACUCGACCAAUAUCCUCACAGUUCCCAGCAUGCCUGUUCGGCGCCUCAGUUUGGGAGAGGGGGAGUUCAGUGUUGGGCCAUCCAGCAUGGAGGAUGCACAGCGCCUGUGGCAGUUGGAAAAGGAGAAGUUGCAGGACACCAUAAAAAAACAAAAGGAUGACAUGGUGGAGGAUAAACAGUGGCUGGAAAAAGAAGAGAAGCUUCUGGACCCUAAAAUAAAUGAGAGUUCGGUUGUUAGGAUGGACCCAGAACCUCAACCUAGUAAUGAUGAACUUCAAAAACCUCCUGAAAAACCACCACGAAUUUCCGUGCAGCCUGCCCCUACAGCAGAGCUCGAUCGCUCUGAGGACAAGGUGUACCAGUGUGUCAUGGAUCUGGUUAAAAUGGUAGUGCAGCUGAAAAAUGAUGUGAACACACUACCAUCUACUGAGUACAUAUCCCAAGUCAAGUCUGUUGGAAUGACAUUGAGGGAUUUAAUGUCCAGUGUGGAUGAUGUUCUUCCAUCUUUACAAGGAGCUAUGAGGACAGAGAUUGGGGGCACACAGAAGCUGCUGAAUAAGGACAUGGCGGAGCUGAUCAGUAAGAUGCGGCUGGCCCAACAAAACGCUAACACCUCUCUGAAGGAUGAGUGCAAGAAACAGAUGCUGGCAGCAGCUCACACGCUGGCCAUGGAUGCCAAGAACCUACUGGAUGCAGUGGACCAGGCACGGGUACGUGCCAACCUGGCCAAGCCCAAACCUGAGGAUGCAGUCUUCCCUGAUGCAGACUAGUCAGAGAUAAAGCAGGGACAAGCUUGGUUCAGUUACAAUCUGAAUCCUAAACAAUUUUCUGUGCAAAAAUUUACUGUACAUGUUUAAUCUAAAAGCUAAAACCAUUGUAAAGUGGUACAACAGAUACUGAUUUUGUACUUUGAAUGGAUUUUAAAGGUAAAGUACAAUACAUUCUUUAGGUACAGAAUACAUAUGUCAUAAAGUCUAGCAUUUUUUUCUAGAUUUUUCUGAAUAAAGAUUGCAUCUGAAAUUGACUGAUUAGACGAAGGUUGUCCUUUCAUUUCAAAUUCAUUUUUAUUUAGUCAGGAAACCCAACUGUGCCUGGAUAUAUAUUCUGCUACAAACUCCAAAAAGUAUGAUCUUUUUUAUAGGUUCGUUAGGUGCCAUAGUUUAGAGUGUGAAUUUUCUUAGAGACAUUUGAAGCUAGAUUUUAUAUGUAUCCCGGAGAGCAACCUUGCUUCUCGACAGUGAAGUAAUAUAUUCGUCCAUCUUCCUGUAUUGAGCUGUCAGGUGGAUGCAAUCAAAUGCAUAUCUUUAAACGCAGUGUUAGUGUGUUGCUGUAUAAUUAUGAUGAUUAUUAUUGGUGUAAAACAUUUAAAGCUGUACAUUGGUCAUAACAUUGCUUUUCCUCAUUGCAGAAUUAUGUACUCUAAACGUGUAUAGAGAGUGAAAAAUAGUAUCUACAUUCAGAUUAUUUCAAAACUCUGGUACAGAUCAAGGAUAUUUGACGGGUGCAAGCAGGAGGUAUAUCAAUUUAUGUCAGGUUUCAUAAAUGAUAUUUCAAUAUUCUAGAUUCCAUGUACAUUUUCGCAACAAACUGUGAGCUAAUAAAGCUGUUGAAAUAUAUGGUAUCAAAAUAAAAACCUCAUCUUCUGCA